AUGCGGCGCAGGAUCCCCGUGGCGCCCGCUCAGCACCCACACGCGCCGGUGAAGGUCGUCUACAAGUAUUACCUCGAGGCGAGCGAUUCGGAAGCGGACAGCGAUGGCGACGAGUCCGAGGGAGAGCGGGAGUGCCAGACUUGGGUGGGAAGCACGGAAAAGUGGCUUUGCCCCGUCUGCCAGAUCCACCGGCCGUUCAGCACAAGGGAGAUGCUCGUGUUUCAUUUGACGCGCGAUCACCCACAGGUCAAGGUCAAAUGGAGGGCGCUUCCGGGAAAGAGCUCUCGUGAGGUCCGGUGGCAGGUCAACCUAGUCGUACCCGAUCCAGCUGAGCUGGAAAGUGACAGCUCAAUCAGCUCAGAUCAAGAGGAAGACAAAGAGGAGGAAGAUGAGGAUCAGGGAAGGCAGGAGAAGGAAGGCGAGGACGAGGACGAGGAAGAAGAAGUUGCAGGGGUGUGCUUAGAUUUUCCUAAGGCGGAAAGACUCUCUGAGCCUCCUCCCUCUCGGCAGUCGAUCACGGUCCCAGGAGAAGAUGUGGGGAUGAGGCCAUCUCUCAGCUCUGACGAAGAAGAUGUGAAGCCUUUUCUACUCACCACCGGUGGCCAGAAGUCAUACAGAGGUUCGCUGCCUAUGAGAUACCCUAGCCCACCGCCACCAGAUCAGCAACUAGGUCCUGCCGCCCAGUGGCCGUAUCAAGAUGGGCAAAACUCGUAUUCAUGUCGUAUCGGAGGCCCUCGUAUCUUCGAUCUGGUUAGCAGGCUCCCGUUGGAUGAGUUCGGGGUAUUGUCCUGGGCCAUUGUGGACCGAGAGGAGGGGCUGUUUGAGAUGGAGGAUAUCCGCGACGAGGACAAGGUGAUGCUGGCCCUCUGGAAUCGUUGGGUAUUUCUCAAGCGUCCCCAGUUCAUGGCCGGCGAAUACAUCGACGGCGUCAAAAAUUUCAUAGACAAGUACUGGAGGAUGAUACAUCGGGCGGCUGGGUGGGGUGCCCUACGGACAUUUUUGCUGUCGUUCUUGAAGGAUCGCUAUCUGACGCUCCCGCAAGUCUCGGAAGCCCUCAAGUAUUACGAGUCAAAGACGGGGAUGGAUAUGUGGUAUCAGGCAGCGGGAGGACCAUGA